CUCAGUUCAGUGCUCGUCGUCUUUAUGCGCGCAGCAGCAGUAUACUCGCGUGCUCCGCUCAUUACGUGUCCGACUCUGAGAUAUUAUAUAUCUGCGUGUGUGUAUACGUACGUAGUAACUAGUAGUACCAGUGGCACGACUCCUCUCUCUCCCCCCGACAACGACGAGACUACGGCGUCGACGGCUCAAGACAGUGUAUCUGUGUGUGUGUGUGUGUGUGUGUAUUAUAGUGUAGCAAAGUAUACACGUAUCGGCGAGACUGCACCCACGCAGCGACACACCCGCGCCAGAGAGAAAGAGAGAGAGAGAGAGAGAGAGAGAGAGAGUCCUCCUCGUCCUUAGUCCCUCCGCGUUUCAGCGAGAGAAAGUCGCUAUCGCGGCGAGGCUUUCUUCUCUCCUCGGGCUCUCCCGCGGCAUAUUUAUAGUCUCUACCUGUGGACGAUGAUGCGCGAGGAGCCAAUGAAGCAUAGCAUCGACACCCUGUGAUGCUGUUCGCGGUUGCUGAUAAGUGUCGUCGUCCUCGGCGAUCCAUCAGUAGAGACGACAAAUGCUAAGCAAAGAGAAAACCACUUUCCAACCAGGAAGGUAUGGCUAGCUUGACGGUGACAACGUCAAGCAAGAACAGCUCCCGAAGUGCAUCUCCCAGCAGAGCCAAUCUAAUCAGCUCGCACAGUCAUCAGCAACAGGUCACAGGCAGCUCUGAUCACACAUCUAAGUCGCGGAAUGCUAGCGCGUCAAUCUCACCUUGUGCACAUACAAAGAAAUCAAAAGAUCCAACAACGACACAAGUGCAUAUCACAACACACGCAUAGAAAACGUGACAAGUACAAGCCCGAUGCGAAAACGUGCAUCCGUACCGCGCGAUCACCUCACCGAUCCUCCAACAUUGAAUCAUAGCCAUCAGCAUCAGCAUCAGCAGCAGCAUCACACAACAGCAGAAAGUAGUCACACGGUCGGUGUCACAAUGAAGAGCGGAGGUGGAGUUGCCGCGAGGCAAAGAUCGCCCGGAGCCUUGGCCAGGGCUGCGGAGGGUAUCGACGACUCGGCGAACGUCUCGUUUUCCACGGACGUCGAGGAGUACGCCAUUCUGCAUCCGCCUAUCGAAGAUGAGUCUUUGGACGCGUCGUACGGUCAUCACCAGGCAGGACAGCAUUCGUCGUUCAUGUCGAACGGCUCGUCGGAACUAAUCGGCGACGACGUGGACGCCAGUAGCGGACGGGUUCGCCAGGCGAUCGAGCAUAUUCAGAACAAGAUCGCCAAGACGCGCGAGCUCAUCAAGACCGAACAGACCACCAGAGACGAGAAUGUAAACGAAUAUCUGAAACUGGCGGCGAACGCCGACAAGCAGCAGCGCACGCGGAUCAAGACCGUUUUCGAGAAGAAGAAUCAAAAGUCAUCGCACAAUAUUCUGCUCUUGCAGAAAAAGCUUGACAGCUACACGAAGAAGCUGCGAAACUACGAGAUGAACGGUGCACAAAUGGCCCACCGUCAACCUCGGGAAGUCCUGCGUGACAUGGGACAGGGCUUGAAAAAUGUGGGUGGUAAUAUUCGUGAUGGUAUAACAGGAUUUUCAGGAAGCGUUAUGUCAAAACCAAGAGAGUUUGCUCACCUAACAAGACACCUGAUAAAAAAUAAAUUCGGAAGUGCUGAUAAUAUAAACAGUAUAUCACAUGGCUCGACAUUUUAUGUAAACGAUACACCGCGUGCAACAGGUAACAACGGCGAUAGCGGCAGCGUUGAGGAUGAGAGUGGCAACAAAGCUCACCACGGCUCAGCCACUUUGCCCGGAGGCUGCAGUCUUGGAUCGAACCACAGCGCAGGGGAAACUGGAGCAGCGACUGGAGCAGCUGGCGGUACCAGCGGACAAGCGGGCAUCAAGUUUCCAUCAGAAGAGGGCUCGGAGUGCUCGAGCGUAACGAGCGAGAGCGGGCCUGGCAGUCGGGGACAAGCCCAUGCCUGCGGUCACGAAGGUGGUCGGCCCUGCAGCCUCAAGUCCAUUUUCGCCGAACUGCAGGACCAUAGAGAGAACAUGGAUCGGUUAAGGGAGAAGCUCGACGCUUUCAAGAAUGUACAACAAGAAGUAUCUUACCUUUCACAUGCCCUACAAGAAGAACGAUUCCGCUCCGAACGACUGGAAGAACAGAUAAACGACCUCACAGAGCUGCACCAAAAUGAGGUAGAGAACCUCAAACAGACGAUCACCGACAUGGAAGAAAAAGUGCAGUACCAAAGUGAGGAUAGGAUGCGUGACAUUCACGAGAUGCUGGAGAGUUGCCAGACGAAAAUUUGGAAGAUGGAACAUCAACAGCAACAGCACCAGCAGUAUGUAACUCUCGAAGGCCUUGACAACAGCAACGCCAGAGCGUUAGUCGUGAAACUCAUAAACGUAGUACUCACCGUUCUCCAAGUUAUCCUAUUGUUAGUUGCCACCGGUGCCGGAAUCAUGAUGCCGUUCCUUCGGACGAGCUGUACUAAGCCCCAUUGUUUCAUGUGCAGGGUGCGCAUAUUGACGACAACGUUCGUCGUCCUGGGCAUAGUUUUUGUCCUGAAGCAGUGGCCCGAAGUUCACGACGUCGGGAGUCACCUAAUGCGUCACCUCAAACAGACCCUCGCCGUCAAGUAGCAUUCCUCGUUGUUCUUGUUCUUGUUGACGAUGGCGAUGAUAACGAUGAGACCCUUGGCAAUCACGAUGUUAGACCUACGGGACAGGCUCGCGAUCGAGAACGACAGGAAGACAAUCGCUUACUGCGCGAGCUCUUCUUUUUCUCGAUUCGUAGCAUCUUUCUGAAUAUCCAUCGGGCUUCACUGCACAGAGAUUAUUAUAUACAUAUGUAGAUUGUCAUUGAAAACUAUGUGAUUAGAUAAUCUAUACAUAUAUGUAUACGUACGCAUGUAUGUAUGAUUGCGAAAGGAAAUGGAAAGCUUCACUUACUUCGAGGCGUGCUCUUUGUUUUCCCAAUUGACAAAGGAAUAGACUAAAUUGUUGUUCUUUAAUACUGCUAAAAAGAUAACUUAUUAUUCAUGACGUUGGAAAACUCAAUUCUUUGAUUUCAGAUCCUUUAUGCAAAUCAUUUUGUGCAUAAAUAUGAUCAGAGUAUUUAGAAAAGUUCCUUAUUUUAUCAAAUUUCUGUUAAAGUGUUUACAAUGUUCGUCCGGCCGUAUUAAAAGUAUAAGACAUUUGAGCAGCAAGAAAUUAAUUUAUGUAAAUAGAAUAUUUCAAUGAAACUCAGCUAAAGUCAAUAUAAAAAUCUUGCCAACUCGAAGUGACGUAUCUCGGGAAAACUGUGAGUUUUCGUUUUUGUAAUGUUCUCCAUGUAAAAAAUGCAUCUGUUUCAAAGUAAGUCAAUCCUUCCAAUCCUGAAUCAAAGCGAGCUUUUCGAGAACGUACACUGCAAGUAACGUAAAUUAUAGACAGCGAAUGUUGGAAAAAACUGACAUUUUCUGAACGAGUCGAGCUCGAAUUUGUUACGAGGGUAGAAUCGCUGUUUUUUAUAGUUGUAUAUUUAAAUAAAUUUUUUUAUUUAGCUUGUACCUUUUUUUCUUGUAUAAUAGUUAAUUUUUUUAUUUAUUAUUUAACCCUAAAUAAACGGUGUUUAUAUACUUUUCUAUGAUACCGCUUCAAUUAUUAGAUUAUUAAAUUUUAAGAAGCUUAGCUUUACAAUUUUAUUUUUUUUUAUUGUGAAAUCGCGCCUUAUUUUCAAACAACUAUAUUCAAGUGAAUUCACAUCUUAAUUCCUUGAACGAGUUUAAAGCAGAGUCUCGUUUAUAAAAGCCUCUUCAAACGAAUAAAAAAGAGAGCGUGAGCUUCGCGUGAGCAUGAGGAAAAUUCAGCAGAGCAAUAGCUAAUACAUCCGUUGUAUUGAGUAGACACAUAACAAUCUUUAGAAAAUUGGACUACGGUGUUAGCGAAGAAGUAGCAGCGCAAAAAUCGUUUUAACCGCAAAAGCAUUAUUGAUCGUCCAGGCGUUAGCAUGUAAGGCAAUGGUGUAAAUUCAUAAAAAAAGAUAAAAUAUCGGCACCUCACUAACACUUUUUACAGCAACUUACAAAAAACACGUACAUAAGCACUUGCACGUUCUAUACGCUAAUUUACAUACCCUGUAAGACGUAUAUACUAUAAUACUAUAUUUAGCAUGACUAAGGAUUUUUUCGUGUCUGAUGUAAGAUCGUUAUUAGGCGUCAUCAUAGAGUUACACUCGUAAUUGUAUAGCUUCAUUCGUUCGUUUAACCAGGACUAAUGAGGAAGACAGACGAUUUAAGGCUGUGUAAGCAAGGAAUGCGAGUAUACAGUAAACUUGGGACAAUAAGCCGAAACAUAAAACACGUUUUUUAAUGGUGAAAUUCAAACUUUAUUAUUCUAAGUGACACCUUAAUAAGUAGUGAAAAUUCUAUAGUUUGCUACUUAACUCUUGCAAUAGACUAUUCAAAUUUUCAUGACGUCUUAAAAAAUUGUAAAAAUGAUUGAAAUUGACGACUGUACUAUUAUUUUGUUUACAACAAAACGACAAUAAUUACAACUAAUUAUUGGUAACGGAGAAUUUAUUUCUCUGUUUACUGUAUACAGCUUACGAGUCUUUAGAGAAAAAAGGCGGUUCAUCCGAAAAACAAUGACAAUGAAAUGAGAAAAAGACUGAUAAUGGAUCAGCUGGUUAGCGAGCUAAUCGAACAUCUCUUCUUUUUUCAAAUUAAAUUUAACAAAGCGAUAAAAAGCCGUCUGAACAGAUAAAGUUUUGCCAUGAAGAGGAAGAAUAAAUAAAUAAAUAUGUAUAUACAUUCGGCAUGUGAGACACAAGUACAAACAUUCCCAGUAUUUUAGCAAGAAAAACAGUGAAAACUAAAACAAACUGCAAAAUUUUGACGAAAUAAACAACAUACACAAAAUAAAGAGACACGGUCAUGAUGCUACAAAAAAUAAAAAAAUGCCAUUCUUACUAUUUCUAUAAAACCAGAGAUCGACGAUAACAGAUUCGCGAAUCACAGCAACACCAGCAACACACGCCACCGCUGUAAUGCCGAGAAAUAAUUUUCUACGUUUAUAAAACGAGACGAGACGAAACCAAGAAUUAAACGCUAUGUGCGUAUUUUUCAUUAUAGGUCAAAAAUAAAAACGCGUUUAUCAUUGUGUAUUGGUAGCUGGUAAUAUCGACGUUUGGCAGAGACCUAUAGGAGCUGUAGAUCCCAUUUCGUGCAAGGUUUUGUAUAGAGUGGUUCGGAAAUUUAAAAGAAAUUAGAACUGACUUAUUCAACCUUUGCAAAGUGAUGGUUAGUGUUGUUGAAAAAAAAAAAAACAAAUAAUUGUUACAAAGAUAAGAAGCUAUCAACUUCUUUUUUAGUAACUAUUUCAGUGUUGGAGUCAAAAAUAUGAUAUUGCUAUUUAUAAUUAUAAGCUUUAUCCGCCUUACAUAUAAUUCAUUCAGUGUUCUCCACCUUGCCUUUAACAAGAUGUAAGGCAGUAAAUUUAAUAGUUUCUAAAAAACAUGCCUUGCCUUAUUUGUUGUGAAUUUAGAUUUAACGGGAACAAUUAAAUGUAAAUCUUUCCAAAUCAUUGCAUCUGUCUUUAUUUGAUAAAAAUAAAUGUCCUAUGUGAUCCAGCACUGAUCUAGAAUCGAGAUACUUUCGAACACAAAUUGUUCUCUGAAAGAAAAAUCAAUAUCUAAAUCAAGAUAUCUAAAGUAUAGAGGCUUGUUUUUGAAAUUUAGUUAUAAAAACUUAUGUGUGGCUCGUCCCUUUUGUCGAUGUUGAUAUCCCUUUUUCUUCGUGUAUAUAUUUAAUAACGAUCAAGUACGCAAAAUAAUAUCAACUAAAAAAAAGAUAAAACGAAUUUGUUCCUAGUAAGUUAAAUGUUUGACGAAAAGUAAAAGUAGAAGCUCUAUGACUUUAGUCUUUACUGAAUUUAAUGCUGAUUCUUAUCGAUGCGCAGCAGUUUGCAAAGAAGAGAUCCACUCGAAUACGUGUGUUCCCUGCAGCUUUGAUCCCCCGUCUAAUAUGACUGUAUCAUAUUUGAUACGACACGAUUUUUUCUGUGAAAAAAAUACGUUUUUUUAUUCUAUCUUGACUUGUAUUUCAUUACAAUAAUGUGUGAAUCUUAUGCGCCAAAAAUAAAAAUGAUAAUCAAUCGUUCAAAUAGCCUUGGGAAGCUUCGUAGUACUAAACUAUCAAAAAAAUAUAAUUAUUUUAUAAAUUUCAAAGUUUCAUAUAGAUGCCAAUGGUAUACUUGAUUUUUAUACAAACUAUAUCAGUUGCCAAGAAUUAUUUGAAGAUGAACCAAGCUCAUAAUUGACAUGGGCAUUCGAGUGGAUCAUCCGUAGACUAUCUAAAUACAUAACAAUUAAAUUUCGUAAUCCAUAGCUAUACAAUGCAAAAUCGUAUUCAAUGUUUUUAAUCGUCGCGAGCUCACAUUCAGUUGGGCAUCGUUUUUUGGGAUCAAUUCGUAAUAUGCAUGUCUAUGUAAUGUGUAUUCAACCUGCCAAUCAUUUAUGAUUUUUUAGUUUUCUCCCUGUACCUUUAAAGAAAUUAUUGAUUAUAGAUUUCGGCAGCAUAAUAGCACGUAAAAAUUAACGCAGAAAGCAAUCAGAGAAACGAAUUGUGGUCUCCUUAUCGGGCAAAGUUAGGUAUCCGCCGUCACAUCAUUACUCUGAGAUCGCGUAAUAUUUUUAUAAAAUUACAUUCAAACUACUAACGUCGAGUAAAUAAAUUGUCUUCUCGAAAAUUCAGCAUGCAUUACGAAAUUAAUCACAAUUCAAUUUAAUAAAUUCGUUUGUACAGCUCGAAUCGAUGUAUCCAAGAGCAAGUAUACUCGUGCUUAACAGGAACAUGCAAAAAAUAGACAACAAGCCAGACAUCGUUACGCGUUUUAGCUGAUAAACAAUCUACAUUAUAAUAGACGAGCAUUGAUUGUAAAUAGGAGAAAAAAUUUUAUAUCCGCGCGUGCGCGUACGUAUGUAUAUACAAUAAACCAAGCAUUAGCGAGGGAAAAAAGUAAAAAAAUCUGAGAACAUAAAGAAGAAAAAGAAAGUUAUGAUAAACAUGGACUUUAAGAAAAUGCGAGCGCGAACUGCCACGUGCUUUGUCGACGAAUCGGAUGUGAUCUUAUUGAUAAAUUGAAUAACAAUCGAGAUGUGACGAAGUAAAAUGAACGAGGUUGUGCUAUUGGCUAUAUUAUACUAUACGAAUGAUUGUGGAAGCCGAUGGCAGUGCCGAAAUUGACACUUUGUAGGUCUCGUGUACGGUCGUCGUAGUAUAGAGCGUAAGAUAUUUGCAAUGGUAGACACAGCAUUGAACGCAUCAUUCACCACACGAAUACACGCAGAAUACGCCGGCACACACACGUACACUUGUUUGACGGUGCUUUUUUGGUGAUGUGCAUAUACGGGGCCCCUUGCGCGUUAUUGCAUUGCGAUUAGCUUUUUUAUUUUCGUCUACACGCUCUUAUGUGAUACUUAUUUCGCGAAAUUUUUUGUAUAUCGUUUCUGUUCGAGAGAGAAAGAGGAAAGGGAAUUUUACACACGUUCUACUAUAUAACAUAUUAUGAAGUAAUGUAUAGAUCUUUAUUUAUAACAAUCGAUUAUAAAAAUAAUCAUUUAAGAAAUAUAUAAUGAGCGUCAGAAGUGUAUAUAGACUUGAAAUGUUUGUUGAUAUGAUGCACACCAAGCUUUUAUUAAAAUAAGUGUUAUAACACUACCGAUUGAACAUCUUUCGAUGACAACGACGGGCGUAUUUUGUAAUUUGUAUGAUUCAUCGAAACCGCGUUAUAUUAUAGGUACAUGCUUUCUUUCCACUGUAUUUCCUUCUGCGUUUUCCUCUUGUGACGGAUCUUUUAUAUUAUGUGCAUGUAAUGUUAUACAAGAAAGAGCAAAGAUGUGUGUACCAAUACACACGAUUAUUGCUAUACAGAAAGUGUGUUUUUUUAUUUUAAAAAUGCAAGCACAUACAUGAGGUAUAACCACACGUAAAAGAGUAGAAAAAGGGGCCCUGCAUAGAAACCAGUAAUCGUAGUUUAUGGUAGAGUUUAUAAUAGAGUAAUUAAUUGCGCGACGAUGUCCGAUCAGCGUCCGGAAAAAUUGUUCGAUCGCUUUAUGCGCACUUCUGGAGUAUUUUAGCGAAGUAAAGGUAACAGACAAGAAAAUUUCGCAGAAGUGAGAAAACCUAAAAAUUAACGUGUAAUCGUAGGUUGACUUUCAUAAGGAGGAUAAAAAUGAAUUAAAAAAUAAAAACGGCAGAUGCAAUCAAAUGUUGACUGUCGCGCUAUGAACUAUAUAUACAUAGAUAUACGCACGUUUCUUUGGCGCCCGGUUCCAAAAUGUCGCGUAUGUUAUCCGAAUAAAUAUUGUCACAAAUAAAAGCGAAUUUUUAGAAAA